AUGCCUGAAAAAGAAGAGUUGCCAAAAGAACACGAAAAAAAAGACCAAGAAAACAAAGAGUCCAAAGAGAAGCCUAAAGAAAUGCAUAAAGAAGAGGCGCCGACAGAAGAGGAAGAAAAUGAAGACAAGCAGACCGGAAAAAUACCUGGAAAGAUAGAGGCGAUUGAGAAAGAAGAGGAAAAACAGUCUAACGAAAAGCCUGAAAAGAAAAGUACGACGUCACUGCAGUUCGCUGAGACUCAAAUGGACAGUUCCCCCACAUGUGAAAGCGAUUUAAAGUCAGAUAUGCGGCCUCAAUCGCGACGGAAGGCAGCUUCCGAAAAUGAUUCCGAAGAAAUGCCUGAAAAAGGAGAGUUGCCGAAAGAAUACGAGAAAACAGACCAAGAAAACAAAGAGGAGCCUGAAGAAAUGCAUGAAAAAGAAGAGGCGCCGAUAGAAGAGAAAGAAAAUGAAGACAAGCAGACCGGAGAAUUACCUGGAAAGGUAGCGACGAUUAAGAAAGAGGAAGAAAAUCAGUCUAAAGAAAAGCCUGAAAAGAAAAAGACGCCUAAAGCAAAAAAGGCACCAAAGAAGAAGAACAAUGAAGAUAGAGAGGCCGGAAAAAUGCCUGUAACGGAAGAGACGCUUGAGAAAGAGGAAGGAAAGCAGUCUGAAACAAAAAAAUCUAUAAGGAAGAAGACAAUAUAUUUUUGUGUGUGUAACGCUUGA